UGUGAGCCUGACACUUGUGACAAUGACAAUGUCGAGCUGAGCUACUGAGAAGCAAGGACUGGCAGCGACUCCAUCACGGCUGUCGACCUUGUCCGCCCAGGUCCAGCCCAGAUUCGCGUGCCAGUCUACUGGCAAGUUCGGUGCGAGCCCCUUGACCGUCCAAGACUCCUAUCCUCGCCGAAAUGGAUCCCCUCAGCAUAACCGCAAGCGUCAUAUCCGUUCUCGAACUGUCCGCUAAGGUUGUCAAAUACAUAAACUCGGCCGCCGGUGCGACGAAAGAGAGAAAACGCCUUCGCGAGGAGCUGCGAGCAUGCGAAAACAUCCUCCAACAACUCAAAGAUGAAGCAGAUGAUUCGGAAGAGGGCAAGGCGUGGUUGGAGACAAUCAAAGCCCUCGAGAGCCCUGAGGGACCGCUGGGCCGUCUGCGGGUUAUCUUGCGCAAGGUUGAGGCCAAGCUCCAGCCUCGAGAGGGUCUAGGGAGAGCAUUCGCAGCUCUGAGAUGGCCAUUCAACGCGCAGGAGAUAAAGGAGAUCUUUGCCGCGAUUGAGCGUGAAAAGUCUCUGUUGGGGCUGGCUUUGUCCAAUAACUCCCGGAAACUGAUGCAGGAAAUCAAGAGGACUUCGAACGAGUAUAUGAGGCUGCUUACGAAGUUGACCCAGGCGAUCGAGAGAAGUUCGCAAGCACUCGAAGAUAAUCUGGUGCUCCUUCAGACCUCGCAAACCUCCCUUCACGAUGGCUUAGAUAGGCUUCAUCGUCGCCAUGACGAUCGAGGACUCCUUGAAGAAAGGCUGGCUAUUCUCGAUUGGUUGACGCCAAUCAACUACGCUAUGCAACAAAGCGGAUUCAUCAAUCAGCGACAGAAAGGAACCGGCCAAUGGCUCCUGGACUCAGUGGAGUUUAAGGCAUGGGUGGAGACCGAGAAGCAGACGCUCUUCUGCUCAGGCAUUCCGGGCGCCGGAAAGACGAUUCUCGCAUCGAUUGUCGUCGACGAGCUUGCUACUCGCUUUGGAACUGACAAGAGCAUCGGCAUUGCAUAUGUCUAUUGCAACUUUCGACGGCAAGACGAGCAGAAGGCUGAAGAACUCCUAGCAAAUUUGCUAAAGCAGCUGGCUCAAGGCCAGCCAUCUCUGCCAGAGUGCGUGAAGUCCCUCUACAAUGCCUACAAGGAUCAGCGGACCCGACCACCAUCCGACAAGAUUUCAGGAACCCUCCAAUCUGUGGCUGCCAUGUACUCGAGAGUUCUGAUUAUCAUUGACGCACUUGACGAAUGCAGCACAUCUGAUAACUGCCGCUCGAUAUUCCUUUCAGAGAUAUUUGCCCUCCAGACCAUGUGUGGAGCAAAUAUCUUCGCGACGUCGAGAUCUAUUCCAGAGAUCACUGCCAAGUUUAGUCUGGGCAUGUCGGUGGAAAUUCGUGCGAGCGAUGACGACGUGAAGCGAUAUCUUCAAGGGCACAUGAGUCAGCUGCCAUCAUUUGUCGAGCGGAACCAACAGCUCCAAGAAGAGAUCAAAAUCAAGAUCUCAGAGGCAGUCGAUGGGAUGUUUCUCCUGGCACAAAUCUACCUUGACUCGCUUGAGGACAAGCUCACGCCAAAGGCUAUGAAAAGGGCUUUGGAGCAGUUCCAGAAACAAAGCACAGCGUCACGCGAGGACGAGAAGCUCGAAGUACUAGCUCAGGCCUAUGCCCAGGCAAUGGAGAGAAUCAACAGGCAGACACAGGGGCGGCAGGACCUUGCUAAGAAAGUUCUGGCAUGGAUUACGUGCGCCAAGCGACCGCUGACGACGUCAGAACUCCAGCAUGCCCUUGCGGUGGAAGUCGGUGAACCAGAGCUUGAUGAAGAUAACCUUCCGGAGGUUCAAGACAUGGUCUCGGUGUGUGCAGGAUUAGUCACGGUCGACGAAGACGGAGCAAGUGGCGUCAUCCGGCUGGUCCACUACACAACGCAAGAAUACCUCGAGCGAACGAAAAGCCAUUGGUUCCCAAAUGCGGAGAACGAUAUUACGCAGACCUGCAUUGCAUAUCUCUCAUUCAGCGAGUUCGAAAGUGGCUUUUGUCAGACAGACGAUGAGUUUGAGGAGCGACUACACUCGAACAAUCUUUACGGUUAUGCUGCAAGAUAUUGGGGACGUCAUGCUCAGUCGGCUUGGACCCUUGGGGAGGAAGUCACUGACCUUCUCGAGAACCAGGCCAAGGUUGAUGCAUUGAGCCAGGCAUUGCUCGCGGUUGGGCACCGAGUGCAUUCAAAUUACAGCCAAAGUGUUCCGAAACGUAUAACAGGGUUACAUCUAGCUGCUUAUUUCAACCUCGAGGAAGUAGCAAAUGCCCUGUUGGAGCGAGGCUCUGGUCCAGAUUUGAAAGACACUUACAAUCGUACACCACUAUUGUGGGCCGCUGAAGAGGGCCACGAAGCAGUCCUCGAAAUCCUGCUCUGCAAGGGUGCUGGAGCCAACUUGAAAGAUGGAUUUGGCCGGACACCACUUUUCUGGGCUGCUCGCCAGGGAAACGAGACGAUCGUGAAGAUGUUGCUCGAGAAGGACGUUGACCCGGACCAGAAAGAUGAGGACGGCGAGUCCCCACUAGGAGCUGCGGCUUACCGCGGGCAUGAAGCGGUUGUCAAGCUCCUGCUUGAAAAGGCUGUCGACACUGAUGCUAGCUCCCGGUUCGAAGACACACCGCUGUCGUGGGCUGCUUACCAAGGGCAUGAGAGAGUCGUCAAGCUCCUGCUUGAGAACGGCGCCGACCCCAACCGGAAGAAUUUUUAUUAUCAAGCGGCGUUGGGGGUUGCAGCAAAGCAGGGGCAUGAGACUAUCGUCAAACUCCUUCUUGAAAAUGGCGCGUACCCGGAUGUUAUAGAUUUUGAUAAUCGGACGCCACUAUCAUAUGCCGCUGGAAAUGGCUAUGAUACGAUUGUCAAGUUACUUCUUGCCGACUACCGAGUCAAUCCGGAUUCUUACGACGACGGCGGCAUGACCCCAUUGUCGUGGGCAGCCCAGUCGGGACACGAUACUAUUGUCCAAAUACUGCUUGCCGAUAAGAGGGUAGAUCCAGAGUCUAAAAACCAGUGGGAUCGGACACCACUGUGGUUAGCGACGGCGAAUGGGCACUUGGAGGUGGUGAAGCUGCUCCUCGCGAAGGGAGUUCGGUUGGAAGCCAAGGGCGAUGAGGAGAGGACGACGGUGUUAUCAUGGGCGUCUGUGCAAGGACAUGACAACAUUGUCGAGUUGUUCCUGAAGGAGGGAUGCGACCCGAGCACGACAGACAAAUUCGGCUUGACACCGCUAUCAUUCGCGGCAGCUACAGGACGCAAAGCCGUUGCCAAGCUGUUGCUUCCCGAUGGCCAAACUUAUCCGGAUUCUAAAGACAAGUGGGAUGGGACGCCGCUAUUGUGGGCUAUCGUGAAUGGUCAUACAUCCAUUAGCGAAUUUCUUGUUGAAAAGGGGGCUAAGAUGCCACUAGGAGGCGAGUGGAACUUGCGACCGCUCUUGGCGGCGGCACUGGAUGAGAAUAAGGAAGCUGUCGAGUUACUCUUCUCGGACACUGCCAUCGAUCUAUUAAUAUCGUGUAUCGGCGAAAGGGAUCCAGGAAUGCUCGAAAGCCUCUAUCAAAAACACCCACACUGGCGCUACAGAGAUUAACGAGAUUGGUAUCACUAUUUUCCUUAGUAAUAGAGCGUCAUAUGGCUGCACCUUGGCACUUUUGGA